UACUCACCCUGCAGACCAAAUACCGUUCGAUUAAAGAAAAACUAUCGUUUUAAAGACAUUUUAAAUGUUAUUACCUAUACCGUGCCAUGUUAUAAAUUUUCAUGUUAAUAUUUUUCUUGAGUUAUUUUCUUAGUGGCAGCACUGAUCGUUCCAAGUAAAAAUUCAAACCGCCAUUCUUGAUAAAUCUACUCUACUGCCUCAUCGAUGCAGGUAUAUGUGAACGAUUGAAAUGAUUCGAUUAUACGCCACGUCAUUAUGUUGCCUUCCAGAACAAAUUAUUCAGCAAAAGACACUCCUUACUGCAAGUUUUGUGUGAUAGAUAGUGUGGCUUACAGAACGCAAACAGUAUGUCCUUCAAUUUCGGUAGCUUGCCACUAAAAAUAGUGCAGUUAAUAUUCGAACACCUCACGCUGGAUGACCUCCUUAGUGCCAGUUUGGUUUGCCGUGAAUGGUACAGUGCGACAGACGCAUUCAUAACCCAGAAAGGCUGGCUUGCACUCCAGUUGGACCAGCCCAACAUUCUCACCAAGCUGGAAGGGAUUCGACGUAGAUACUCCAAUCUUCUGCUAUCCAUGGUUCCCUCGUUUGGCGAACUUUUGCUCAUAAUAGAUGUUUGCGCCGAAAAAUUCAACCUUCGGAGGUUAAAAAUUAACAGGACUUCGAUCGAUAACAUUUGGUCCAUGUUUUUUCUGCUGGGUGAUUUUAAAACUUGGGUGAACAAUCUGGAUGAAGUGCACAUUUUGCUAGAUCAUCGAUUUUUGCAAAACGACAACCAUAUAACCGGCCGAAAGAUGCAAUACGAGAUACAGUUGACCGCAGCAAGAUGCUUGCACUGGAGUGAGAUUCAUACAGGGAAAAGAAACAGGGCCAUAACCGUGUUUGCCCCUCGUCUAAAAUUAGUGUCUAUUAGCGACAGUAUCGAUAGUAUAUUUGAUCUUGAACUGCCUGACUGUCAUUCUCUGGAAACAUUAGAAUGCACUUUAUAUAAGAAAAAAUUUGAGAAUCUUUACAAAGCAUCUUUCGAACAUCUAACUACACUUGUUUUACGCAUACACUAUACUGUUCAAGAUGUACAUUUUUUACACGCAUUGACCAAACUGAAGUGGCUUACAUUGUCAGUUAAGUUCGAUAAAAGACUAUUGGAGACACUGUUUGUAGAAACAACGAAUGCAAUCAAUAGUUGCUCGGAUCUGGAAGGUCUACAGCUAAUUAUAAUGGGAGACACCGCUUCUUCAAGCAUCAAUCUGUACCGCUUGUCUGAAUCGCUACCACGACUGAAACAGCUCGAACUGAACAAUAUGUACUUGAGCUGCGCUGGAAAUACAUCACUCUUUGACCAAUUAAUCACCUUCAAACUCGUUAACGUAAAACUAAAGGAAGACGACGACAUUCUAGAAAUGAGCUAUCCAUCUCUGCAGACAAUAUCGUUAAAUGUGAAGCUGCUCCCUAGCGUGAAUCUUCUCUCAUCAAAAAAAGUAGAACUUUUCGUGAAUGUAGAUUCGCUUGAUCUAGCUGAGUCUGUAGAUUUGUACUUGAAUCCGUUUUUGAAUCAGUUCUAUUCAAAUAUCCGUACCCUUACUCUGUUCAAAUCUGGUGGCUCUAACACUAGAGUGGAUUCAGUGUGUCCCCGAAACGCUUUGGGAGUGCCACAACUGAAUCUCAUCAAUAUGACUGUCUCUCUAGAGAUCCUGGAAAUCAUCGCCAGUUCAGGAAAUUUGACACAUCUCACCCUCUCGAAAUGUUUGCUCAGUAUUCAGGAAACAUUCCGAAUGGUGCUUCUCAAAAACUUGCAUGUGUUAGAGGUCAGGCAGGUGCAAUUGAGUGAUCGUAAGGAGGUACUUUUUCCUUUAUUGACAAACAACCGGGAGGAACUUAGAGGACGAUUGCAAAACGGGUCCAUCUGGUUCAAUACAGCUGGGGAUGACGAUGGUCUAUCUGAUUCGAGUUGCGGACCAGCGAAUAGAAAAUAAACCCGCUAUAAGGAUCCAACAUGAAUUCAUCGUGCAUUGCAAACAGCUUCGUUCUUUCGUCAUAUUACGAAAUAAAUUAAAUGUAAACUAGUUUUAAGUAAUCUCGUUCUAGGGCGGUCUACUGUCAAAGGAACUUGAGGAAUUCUUCGACUAACUAUAAAAAGCACAAUUAAAUUCGUUAAAUAUAUGUGGUGAUUUGUGAAUAAAACCGAGAAGUCUCUGAACUAA